AUGCGUUAUUAUGAAGGAAAGGAUCCAGCAGAUAUACUAUUUUCAUUGGGACAUGAAAGGAGUGGUUUGUAUGAACUAUUGAAUUUAACACGUCAAAAUGUGGACAUGGUGAAACUUACUGUAUCUGUCAUAGCCAAAGGAUGUACAUGUAAUACAGCCCCACAGAAUAAGAUCAACAUUCUAACUAAGUUAAUCAGUUCACCGUUUCUUACGAUUGGCGUUCCUGAUCUCCUGAUGAAAAUAACAACUGAUGCUGAUGAAGAGGAAUCACAAAAAACAUUUAAAAAUGUUUGUGAGAUAGUUUUGGCUCUCUUUCUUAAUAUUCCUUUUACAUGCGUCAAUAUGAAUUUGUUAGGUCUUACUAUUUUAAUUGAAGGAGUUAUGGACACUUUAAGAAUUCGUACAGACAUUGAUGAUGAGCUAAUGGAGAUAUAUCAAGAAAUUCAUGAUCUAAAGGACAAACGUUUAAUCAAGAUUAAAAAUAGAGGAUUGUCAGAUGAACAUAGAGACUCCCCUGAAGAGCUUGCUCCUCCUGAUGACUUUCGUGACAUUUCUGUAUUACCAACAAUGGAAGACAUUGACCCCAGCACAAAACCAUUUUUAAGGAAAAACAAAGUAAAAGGAGGCUACGCCAGUUCAAGCGAUUAUCUAGAUGUACAAUUCAGAUUGUUAAGGGAAGAUUUUAUUCAACCUCUACGUAAUGGAAUAGAAGAAUACCAGAUAAUGGUUCGUGGAGAAAACAAUGGGCGACAUAGAUUUUCAGAUAUUCGUGUUUACACGGAUGUAUCUGUUGUCAGAUCGAUAUGCACUCGGACUGAUCUUUUGUAUCGGCUGCAAUUCGAUGUGUCAAAAAUGAAAAAGGUUAACUGGCAGAUCUCUAAACGUUUAAUAUUUGGUUCACUUGUUUGUCUUUCUUCUGAUGAGUUCAAAACCUUUUACAUUGCCACUGUUUGUGAUCGAGAUGCUAAAAAACUAGCCGAUGGUUAUAUUGAUGUCAAGUUUGAGCAUCAACUUAAUGAUAUUGAUGCUAUUACACCAGAUCAAAAGUUCGUCAUGGUUGAAACAACAGCAUAUUACGAGGCAUAUAAACAUGUUCUUAAAGGUCUUCAGGAUAUAGGACAUGUUCCCUUCGAGAGAUACAUUGUUCAAUCUAACUCGUCCGUUAAUCCCCCCAGAUAUCUACUAGACUGUCCAGCUCUUGAUUUAAGACCACUCGUAGAUGAAAAGGUUACAUUACGAGGAGAUGACGACAACCUACGACGACAAGGAAGGAAACAAAAUUAUGAGUUCAGUGGCAAGUCUAAACCUGCUGAGAAGAUUAACUUGUUGAAUAUACAGAGCUGGCCUAACCAUGAGUUACUAAACGUGGAUGAAUCACAAUUCGCCGCCCUACAGACAGCUCUAACAAAAGAAUUCUCUGUAAUACAAGGACCACCUGGAACAGGAAAGACGUAUGUUGGUUUAAAAAUCGUGAAAGCUUUACUCCAUAAUUCCAAUGCAUGGAACUAUGAUGACGAGAUCAAACGACCAAUGUUAAUAGUUUGUUAUACUAAUCAUGCCUUAGAUCAGUUUUUGGAGGGAAUUAGUAAUUUUUACGAUGGGAAGAUAGUUAGAGUUGGUAGUCGUAUUAGCUGCAAGAAGAUCGAAAACUAUUCCAUUCAAGCAUGGAGGCGAAAAUUCCAAGACGCAAAACGUUUCAGGGAUCUUGGUAGAAUUAACUAUGAAAAUCAUAGAGAUAUUUUAGAAUUACAAAGACCAAUUGAGAAUGUUGGACAGAGAAUAGAGGCAGCUACCAGAGAUAUUCUAAAAGAAGAUGAACUGAGGCCUGUAAUGUCUCCAUUUCACAGAGAACAGCUAUCAUCGUCCUUUUACGAAAAAAUGCUAUUUCAGAUGGGGUAUCUUGCUCCUGAAACCCCUUCACUAAUGCUUGAAUGGUUGGGCAUCGCAGUAAACGGAACAAUUACGAACGAAAUGGUCCAAGCAGAAGAAGACGACAUUGCAGCAACAGAAGAAGAUGAAGAGGGUAUAGUAGUUGAAGAUGAACGUGAUAUUAUGACUAAUAAUCGGUUACUAGAUGUUGACGAGACAGGCAUUGAUAGAAAUCUCGAGCAGAUUGUAGUGGAAAGUAUCAAACAUAGGAGAGAAGUUAUCGCUUUCGAUGUCAAUAAUAUUGAUGCCGAUAAAGUAACACCGAAUGAUGGCUUUCAACUGACGAGGCAAUCAAGACGAAAGCUUAAGAGAAACCUACUCAAAAAACUAAAUUCAAGAUCUAAAUUGACCAAAGCAGAAGCUGAUAGAAUCGCGAAUAUUUGGGAAAUCGACAUCAAUAGACGUUGGCGAUUGUAUCGAUACUGGGUGUCAGAGCAUUGUAAUAAACUCAGAGAAACGAUUUCAGAGCUGGGAGAAAGGUAUAAAACUAAAUGUGAAACAAUGAAAGAAGUUAAUCUUCGAAAAGAUAAAAUUAUAAUGACCGAGGCCACAGUUAUUGCCAUGACUACCACAGGUGCUGCUAGAUAUCAGAAGAUUCUGCAAGAAGUUAAUCCAAGAAUUAUCGUGGUCGAAGAAGCCGCAGAAGUGUUAGAAGGUCACGUCAUAACAAGUUUAAAUGCUGGAUGUGAACAGUUAAUACUUAUUGGUGAUCAUAAACAAUUAAGACCAAAUCCUAACGUAUUUAAUCUUGCCGUCAAAUACAAUUUACAAAUAUCAUUAUUUGAAAGAAUGUUGAAAAAUGGGGUCCACUGUGAUUGCUUGGAAAUUCAGCAUAGAAUGAGACCCGAAAUAUCAAAAUUGAUGAAACCAAUAUACCCUACCUUGAUGGACCACUUUUCUGUCAGAACAUUUGAUAACGUAAAGGGCUUGGCGAAAAAUAUUUUUUUCAUAGAUCACAAAUUUGAAGAGCAGCACAAUGAAGAGAUGAGAAGUCAUUCAAACUCCUACGAAGCAGAGUUUAUAUCUAAACUGGCUGACUAUUUGCUGAAACAAGGCUACGACAAAAAACAAAUAACUGUCCUUACGGCAUAUUCUGGCCAAAUACAUCAAUUGAAGAAAGUAAUGCCAAAACACAGAUUUGAAGGUAUACGUAUAACACCAAUAGAUAAUUUCCAGGGCGAGGAAAAUGAUAUCAUAUUAUUGUCAUUGGUUCGAAGUAAUAUUAAAGAAAAUAUAGGAUUUUUGAAGAUUGAGAACAGGGUUUGUGUAGCAUUAUCCAGAGCUCGGAAAGGAUUGUAUGUUAUUGGUAAUUUUGGAAUUUUGGCAUCUCAAAGUUCUCUAUGGAAGGAGAUGACAAUAAUUCUUAAGAAAGCUGGUGAACUUGGAGAAAAUCUGUUGCUACAAUGUCAAAACCAUCCAAAUGAUAGUGGAAUAGAAAUUACUAAACCAGGAGACUUUGAAAUGGCCCCACUUGGUGGAUGUCAGAAACUAUGUAAUGCUCGACUUCAGUGUGGACAUUCCUGUAGCAUGGCAUGCCAUCCUACAGAUCCAGACCAUGAAGAAUAUUCGUGUCCUAAACCAUGCACCAAAACUUGCAAAGAUGGUCAUCCCUGUAAGAAAAAAUGUUACCAAGAAUGCGGAGACUGUCAAACUAAGGUUGAAAAGACAAUCCCUGUCUGUGGACAUUUGGAAAUGGUCAAAUGUUCUGUAUCAGUAUUGAAACACAAAUGUACACAUCCUUGUGAAUCUAUACUAGAUUGUGGUCAUCGUUGUGGUAAUCUUUGCGGAUUUCCCCAUCAAUGUCAAGCUAUGGUUAAGAAAAAGUGGCCGUGUGGUCAUACAGGAAAUGUAAAAUGCGUACAAAGCGAAUACGCUGUUUGUAAAAAACCAUGUGGAGCAGCAUUAGAGUGUGGCCAUCCAUGUACAGGAACCUGUUCUGAUUGCUUUUCCGGCAGACUUCACAAAUCAUGUGGACAAAGAUGUACCAAGAAUCUUAUAUGUGAUCACAAAUGUCAAUCUAAAUGUUCGUAUUGUCCACCAUGUGAGGGGAUAUGUGAAAACAGAUGUGAGCACAGUAAAUGCAAGAAAAAAUGUGGAGAAAUUUGUAUUACAUGUAAAGAACCAUGCGCCUGGAAAUGCCGGCAUUUUACUUGUGGUAAAAAAUGUUUUGAGCCAUGUGACCGACCACCAUGUAAUCAUCCUUGCUACAAAAUAUUAAAAUGCGGUCAUGAAUGUAUCGGACUUUGUGGAGAACCAUGUCCAAAUCUUUGCCGAAUCUGCCACAAGGAUAAAGUUACUGAGAUAUUUUUCGGCACAGAAGAUGAAGCGGAUGCUAGAUUUGUACAGCUCAAAGACUGUGGUCACGUUAUUGAAUAUGAAAGUCUCGAUAACUGGAUGAAAGAAGGUACAUCUUCCUCAGAAACAAUAUCAAUUCAGAUGAAAACUUGUCCUAAAUGUAAGACUCCAAUCAGAAGAUGUGUUCGAUAUGGCUCCAUCAUAAAUCGUCUUUUACAAAGCGUUGACCAAGUAAAACAGACCUACAUUGGAAAUAAGACAGCCAUUGAAAAGCUGAGAAGAGAAUUACAAGGAAGGGCUUUGAGGAAACCAGUAACGUCAGCAGUGUCAAGUCCUUGGCUGAAAUUGGAACGGAUCAUUCCUGUAGCAUCAACUGAAAACCAUCUACUGGCAAUUCAAAAUCAACUAGAAGUUCUGACCAAAAUAGAUAAACUCCUUGUUAAACUUAAAAAAGUUGCAGAAAAUCACCAACCCUUGUCUGCAUCUAAAUAUAAAGAAUAUGAUGUUCUUAAUAAAGAAUUUAAGAAGUUUGUUGAAUGGUUAAGUCUUGACAGGAUGGUGUUUAGUAACCAGGAACUGAAUGAUGCUCAGGCAGAAAUGAAACGAUUGUCAUUGUAUCUGAAAUUUUUCAACCUGAUUGUCACAGUUGAGAAAAGAAACAUUGAUCUUGGUAUACUACAAAAGGAUAUAAAACAAUGUUAUACGUUAUUCUCAGAUGGCAAUCCGUUAACUGAAAGAGAUCUACAGAAAGUUAAAGAAACAUUGAAGAAAAUAGACCUUUUGGCACCAGCAUCCGGUCUUGGUAUCUCUGAAGAAGAAAAAGUGAUGGUUGUUAAAGCUGUAGGUUUAACUCGGGGACAUUGGUAUAAAUGCAGAAAUGGUCAUCCAUAUGUAAUUACUGAGUGUGGUGGAGCUACAGAAAUAUCAUCAUGUCCUGUUUGUAAAGAUAAAAUAGGUGGAACUAAUCACAGGCUGCUAGAUGGAAAUGCAGUAGCGACGGAAAUGGAUGGUGCUACACAUUCAGCUUGGUCUGAUCAAUCCAACAUGGAAAAUUACAUAUUUGAUAUUUAAUGGUUUCUUUCUACAGAGGAAUUGUGUGGACGUUUUCUGGUUUUCUUCAUUGAGUAUAUUAUUCGAUUGUAUAUUCCAAUAUUUUUUUAAAUUCUAUUGUUAUUAUGAAUGUACUACUAUGUUUAAAUAAGCACUAUUCAUGUCGAGUGUAUAGUUUGUGUAUACAUAAUGGCCCUAUAGUCGUCCCGUUAAAUUUAUCAAGAAAAAGUCU